ACAGUUCCCAUUUUCUCUGCCGAUCAUCAUGUUCAAGCUUAAGUUAUUUGUCCUGAUUGCCCUGGCCAUCUGCCUGACGCAGGCCUGCUCUCCCUGCGAGCCGGAGGAGCCUGUCAAUUGUGGAUGUGGAAAGCCCGAGUGCAGAUCCUGCGGCUGCGGCAGCGUCAAGACGUGUGGAUGUGGUUGCAAGCCGUGCCGGUGUCCCUGCUCGUCCUGUGGUUGCUCCAAGUAAUCGAGAUGCGCUUAGCCAAGUGUAUCCAUCCACAGUGCUGGAAGUGAGACCUUCCCAACGGAAUUCUUGUUUGACGAAUGUUUUGUUUUUGCCAUUAUUAAAGUGUUGCAACCUCUUGGAA